UCGAGUCGGCGGCGUUCACGAGCACUGCUGGAGCGACUGAACCGGCAAAGACCGGGGUAAGAGGAGCCGGCAGGCGGCGAAAAAGCACGCAAUCCGCGGAAUGAAACGUACUGGUGUGCGCUUCUUCUCAAACAUCACCUAUUCACUCUAUUGACGUUUCUGAACAUCGCUCAAGAAAGUGUCUGACACAUAACGGCUAAAGAUCCCUGCACGUCUGCGACGACGACAGUCGGCAGAGUUGGUUCUUUUGGUGACCCCGGAGUGCGUGAGAGUGUAAGCACUGUGUGUAAGCAGCUCUCCCUAUGUGUGUGACAAUGGGGGACAUCAGUGACCUGGACCGACAGAUAGAGCAGCUCAGACGCUGCGAGCUCAUCAAGGAGAAUGAAGUCAAAGCACUGUGUGCCAAAGCCAGAGAGAUUCUGGUGGAAGAAAGCAAUGUCCAGAGAGUAGACUCUCCUGUCACAGUGUGUGGAGAUAUUCAUGGUCAGUUCUAUGACUUGAAAGAGCUUUUUAGAGUUGGUGGUGACGUCCCAGAGACAAAUUAUCUCUUCAUGGGUGACUUCGUGGACAGAGGAUUCUACAGUGUGGAGACUUUCCUCCUUCUCUUAGCUCUUAAGGUGCGUUAUCCAGACAGGAUAACCUUGAUCCGGGGAAACCACGAGUCCCGGCAAAUCACCCAGGUCUACGGCUUCUACGACGAGUGCCUCCGCAAGUACGGCUCAGUCACGGUGUGGCGAUACUGCACUGAGAUCUUCGACUACCUGUCCCUGUCUGCUAUAAUUGACGGCAAGAUCUUCUGUGUGCACGGUGGCUUGUCUCCCUCCAUCCAGACUCUGGACCAGAUCAGGACCAUUGACAGGAAACAGGAGGUUCCUCACGAUGGACCCAUGUGUGACCUCUUGUGGUCGGACCCUGAAGACACCACAGGGUGGGGCGUGAGUCCCAGAGGUGCCGGAUAUCUGUUUGGAAGUGACGUCGUGGCCCAGUUUAACGCCGCCAACGACAUCCACAUGAUCUGCCGAGCGCACCAGCUUGUCAUGGAGGGCUACAAGUGGCACUUUAACGAAACUGUGCUCACCGUGUGGUCGGCACCCAACUACUGCUACAGAUGUGGUAACGUGGCAGCCAUCUUGGAGCUGGACGAGCAUCUACAGCGCGAGUUCAUCAUAUUUGAAGCAGCGCCACAAGAGACCAGGGGCAUUCCCUCUAAGAAGCCAGUAGCCGACUAUUUCCUGUGAAGUCUUUGGGCAGACAGCUGUGAUGCGUUUGAAACCUCCGGUACCAUUUCACCACCGCGCUCCAUCGUCAUCAUCCUGCUGCUGGACCAUUCUGUCAGUCUGAACUCGGCUGCAGUUGGACAGAACCCUCCGGACACUGUCUGUGUCUGACAGCAGUCACUGUGAAAGGUGUAAGAGGGGGAGGGGGUGAUUGUGGGCCCAUGACUGUUGUCACUGCUCUUCACAUGAUUUUCAUUGCCCUCAGUCUCCACCUCUCUCUCCAUCUGCUGUCCAGCUCUCAUUCUCUGUAGAUACAACACUGUCCCUCCAUCACAUCUAUAGUAUUUUUUUCAUCAUGAACAUUGUCAUUUAAUUUUAGAAGUAUUUGGAAGGAGUUAGUUAAUCUUUAUUUUUCUCUUGCAAAAAUGUGCAUAUGUAGGAAUUUUCACACUUUUAUCACAUAAGGAAUUCCUUCGACGCAUAUAUCCUCUUUGUUUUUGAUUUUUUUCAAUAAUUGUUUCCGUCGGGUUUAAAUACAGAAAUGACCAAGCCCCCGCCCACGGUCUUCUGUUUCUGCUCUUAUGUUUGUUUUUUAACUGUGAGUCACUAUUUAACAUACCCAGUGAUGCUGCUGCUGCUGCUGCUGCUGCUGCUGCUGCUGAUCAGCACCAUCACAGAUAAAUACCACCCAUCGUUUUCUCUCUUUAUUCCUUUGAAUCUACAAAUCUCUGUAGGUCUGUCAAUUUUGAUAUUGUGAAAAUAAAGUUUUUGUAUUAAUGCGA